ACAAUCCAUGAUUUAAUCGGAUUAAAACGUUUAAAAAGAUUAAGAUGAAUAUCAAAACUAUACAAAAAUGCACUGUUGCUUUAAGACAGUGAGCCAAUGAGAAACAAGUUAAUUCUUCCUGAACGGUAGAACGGUGGAGAUUGAAGAAAGCCAGCUAGGAGAAGGACGUUAGUUUUUCAGUGAGCUAAAGAAACUAGAAACUUGAAACUUGAUUAGAUUUGUACUGUUGUGAACUUUUAUUUUAUUUUCUGAAAGUGUUUUGAUUUGUGUUUUGUCUUCGUUGGUAGACUGUCACCUUAGUUAAGUUGUUGAGAAAAGAAGAAGUCGCGUGGAGCUAGGCAUUGCAUGCUAGCAUCAUAGCUCCAUGAUUGUAGUAGAAAUAGAUGGCGAGCUUUCCCAGCGAGUAACCACACGGAAUCCUGUUCCAUCGGAGGUCAGCACCUGCUUUUCUGACAAGACCAGCAAUCCUUUCAUCGUAUGAAUGGUAGGACUGACAGGAGCCUGCUUUAUUUCAACUAGAAGUUCGCGGAUUUCGUGGUGAGAGUGAAAACACAUCAGAUCUACGGACUGUUCCUACCGCAAGUGGAAUUUACGAACUGCAAAACGUGGUCGUAAGAAAGAAUCUGAACUUAACAAGCCAGUUACCACACACUGAACUUACACCAUUACAUUCACAAUAUGUUUAAAAAAUGUUCUUUUGAUAUUUAAAUGUUUACUUGAUAUUGAUUUAUUUUGAUUGUAUGCAUAUUAUAUUUUCCCUAUGUAUAUUGAUGAAGCAUAUGAUUGUGCUGUGCUAAUGCUAUCAAUGUUGGUGAAGCAUAUGGUUGUGCUGUGCUAAUGCUAUCAAUAGCAACUCACUGGUUUAGCUGAGGGUAACAUAGGAAAAUAAAACUAGAUGUUUAAAUAGAUAAAUUGAAAAUUUAAGAGAACUUAUUAGAAUUUUGAUACUGAUAUAACAGAUUAUAAAUAGAGUUAACUGAAAUAUAAACUAAAUAAUAAUAUUAAGUUACAGUUUAAAUACCAAUUUAAAUAGAAUAUAUAUAAAUAUAUAUAUAUAUAUAUAUAUAUAUAUAAAACCAAAAUUAGAAUAUAGUAAAUAUUUUCCUAAUAGAAAAGGAUUGCAUUUGAAUUGCAUCUCUUUAAGAUUUUUAUGUAAGAUGUGUGUUAUAUGUAAAUUGUAUUGUUAAUGUGUUAUAUGGUACCUAUUUGUUAUUUUUCUAUCUAAAUCCAACUUACCUUUUCUAUUAUUAUAUAAAACAAGCCGGCAUUUCAAUUAAUUCUAUGGUCUGUGGUGUGUUUAUUAUAUUAAUAUUUCCAUUGUUUUAACUAUUUUACUGCUCCAACGAACCUAGACUAGUCCUGAUAACCUACUUAACUGCAACUAGUAGUAAGUAUUACAUACUGUUCAUGCCAUACUGUUUCAAGGAGCAGUGUGCCAAUAUGCCAGUGCCAACAUUCUAGGCCUAUUAUAUCUCUAGUGCAGGGGAUGGAAACUGGACAACGAUUACAUUUCAUUAAGGCACCACCACCACACAUCCAGGAGGGGAAUGCAAGACCGUUUGUGUCACAAUAUAAUGACGUGAUAGGUCAAUAGGAUUGCUUAAUAGGUGUUUUUCUAAUGUAGGUAUGCAUACAAUUGGGAUGCAUUAAUGAAACUGACUAUGGGACUGCAGAUAACAGCGUUUUGUCUAGUGUAGCCUAGUGUAGGUUGCUGGCGGACGCCCUUCAUGAUGUCACAAUUUUUUCCAGGGCACCGUAAAGUCCUUACAGGUAUUUGGCAUACAGAAGCUUUGUAACCUGGCUGUCUGGGACGGGGAAUCUGAGUGGUACUGCCCUCCUGCGUGGUGCUACGGAUACGGAGAGAGUUCCCUGACGCUCAAGGAAGGCUUUCAACAAACCACAAUCAGGCCUAUUUCAGAUGAACCAACUUGCUCAAAUGUGGAUUGCCAUUUUCUUUUCAUCAGUAAACACACUCCAGACCUACAGCUCACCAAUGACCAAUGAUUUGGCAGUAAGUUUCCUUACCACAGGGUCACUGUAUGUGGCUUUGGGUCAAACUCUGGUUCUUGAGGCCACCGUAGACAAGAGUCCAGAUGUGAAUGUUGUCCUGGUGACUUGGGAGAGGAACAAUCCGACUGGAUCACUGAGACUGGCUGAAUAUCCAGGGAGAAUCUUUAAUCCCAGAGUCACCUUGGAAAGAGAGGGUGAAUGGAUAAGGCUCUCUGAUGUCCAGGAGUCUGACUACGGCAAUUACACUGUUUCAGUCACAGAUAGCUAUGGGACACAGAAACAUGAUAUGAAAAUUGUGCUAAAGGCUGAGAAGCCUCCAGAGGCCUCUGUUGUUCUCCUGUGUGAUGUGUCUCGUGAGGAAGCUCAGUGGGACAGUCCUGUAUUCACAUGGCUGGUAGACGGUGUGGAGCUGACCAAUCAGACGGCCAAUAUGUCUGACGGAGGAAGCAAACUCCACCUGCAGGGAAUGAAGGGCCAUAACUACACCUGCAUUAGCAACAGCAGCCUGGGAACCAGCGUGUCUCAUUUCAUCAUACCAGAGUGUACCGAGUGCCCAAGCUGCUCAAAUGAUGUUGCUAUAGCCAUGACCAUUGAGGCAAUGAUUGUUCUGGUGAUUUCAGUGCUGUCAUGUUAUGUUUUGAUGAAGCAGAAGAAGUUGAGCUUCUGAGUGUCUGAAUUUCAGCACGCCAACAAAGUAUACUGAAAAAACAUACUCUAUUUCCAGUGUUAGGUGACUACUUGCCAAUCAUUUUAGUUGUAUUUUAUUAUAGUUCUAUAAUUACUAGAUUGAAUGUUAAGUUGUCAAUUGCAAAUUUGAUUUACAUUUAUUUAUUAUUUAUAGAAUAAUGUUUUUAUGGUUUAUGCAAAGUUCUAACUUCCCCACUGGUUUUCAUUAUGUUUGAAUGUGGGACUGUGGGAAAUUUCAAAAGGGGCAUGCUCAACAAUGACUAUUAUUGUUACUCUAGUUACACGAGUAGAUUGUUUGAAAUGUGCAUUAUGAUGGUUGUCAGUACGAGAAUUGCUUUUUAGGACUUUCACAGAAAAUUCAAAGAAAGGAAAGUGUUUUGUGCAUACAGCAUGCCAUUCUCCUGAGAAACCAUUAAGAUAUUGUUUAUGCUCUGAAUGUGCUUUCACUUUCUGUAUUGUUACACUGUUCUAGCUACUGUUAACUUUGUCUCGCAUGUAGAAAACACUGCAUAUAUGUGUAAACAAUAAUAAAGCAGUAGCUUUGUGCCAUUCUUGGAACCAGCAUGAAGACCAUUUUUGUGCCACCGAGUACACGUGGAUUUGUGAAUUGAACACAGAGAGAUCGGGUUACCUUAAGUAGACACAGCUUACCAGAGCCCCUCGCCGAACAGAAUAGCAGGAGGAAGUUGGUCAGGUGACGCCUUGUGGACUUGACAGGCAGGAAGUGUUUGCUGAAGCAGGCAUCUGGACUGCACAGACAUGCUUACUCGCUGGCUGCUCAUUCAUAUCACUGACCUAUCUGUACCGGAGGGUUUCCGAGGCGUUUUCAUUCACGGCCUGACUUCUGCUGUGUUUUAAAGGGCGAGCCUGAUAAGUUUGCUAAUGGCAUUGUAAGGUUUUUAUGACCGCCCCUUGCGACCCGGGUGGAUCGUCUAGCCACUCCUUGCUAGUGGAGUGUGCGUGUGUGUGUGUGACAGAGACAAACUCCUCUUUGAAAAACACACAGAGCAGCAUUGGUGUGCCUCAACAGAAAGGCUUAUAAAAUGGAACUGAAGACACAAUCAUCUCUUUGGACUUGCUUCCUAAUGCUGGGCUUGCUGUCCCCCCUGUGCCAGUCUGUGUCGGUCCACUUCCUGAGCCCCAAGCCACUGUACGUGGUCCAGGGUGACACCCUCAUUCUGCGCACCGAGAUUGACAUCAGAACCAAAGAGGUGGUUCCCACGGUGAUUUGGGAGUACGUGCCGACCCACGCCAAACAUCCGACGCGGGUUAAGGUGGCGGAGUACCCGGAGCAGUCGCCGAGCGGCCGGGUGACCAUGGAGGAGCAGGGAGCGGUGCUGAAGAUCACCAACUUCGGACCUGGCGACAGUGGGGUCUACGCCAUCAAUGUGACGGACCACGUGGGACAAGUAGCCUCUGCUCAGCAUGUCGUUGAAGAGUACUUGCCGGUGCACCACGUGUCCGUGAUGGUGAACGUGUCUCACACCUCGCUUCACUGCAUGGAGGCCUGGGGCACCGAGCCUGUCUUCAGCUGGCUGCACGAUAACGCCAAGGCGGACGGCUCACUGGGUCAGCUCUCUGCUGACAACUCCACCCUCUACGUCACGUCGCGCCUCUGCGGCCAGUUCACCUGCGUGGUCAGGAAUAAGCUGGGCCACUGCUCUGCCUCCCACAACUCCGAACCCUGCGAGAGGAAAGGGAUCGGUGGGACUGUGGCGGUAGUCUGCCUCUUCCUUCUACUCAUCAGCGCAGGGGCUCUGCUCUUCCUGCUGUGGAGGAGACGGCAAAUCUACAGAACCAGAGGAGAAAGGCUGAGGGAAGCCUACGAUGGCCCCUUAUGAGGACAUCUGGUGCACUCGCCUGCGCGCGCGCGUGUGUGUGUGU